CCAUUCAGGAUUCCGAAUCAAAUUCCGAAUGGUUUGACCGGGCUGUUGCUCCGGAGCAAAAAAUUCUUACUCCUUUUCACUCCGGUUUGCUACCAAAAGAAGAAAAAGGGAAGAAGAUAAUACAGGAACGUUUUUCUCCCUGUUUGCUCCGGAGUACUUCCAGUUUCUCCUGGUACUGGAACAAACCUAAUAUUAAUUAGUAAAUAGAUUCAAAUUCGCCGGCAAAGAAUUUUUUAUAAAUUGUUUAUUGUUUAUUAUUAAUCGUACGAUAGCCUAAAAACGGAUGGCUGAUGCGGAUAUACAACCUGAAGUUGUUACCUCGGACGGCUUGCUACAACAGGGAGCCGAAGGUAAACUGUACGUUGGUCAGCACAAUGGAGUUCGAUGCCUGGUAAAGGAACGGUUUUCCAAAAAAUAUCGCCAUCCGGAUCUGGAUAUACAACUAACCCGACAGCGGAUCAAAGCGGAACAGAAAGCAUACGACAGAUGUAAGGUAGCCGGUGUCAAUACCCCUAAGCUGCUGGGUGUGGAUGUACCAGGAAGGAAAAUUAAUAUAGAGUAUCUGGAUCAGGCAAUCGUUGCAAAGCGGUUCGUCGACGAAACGGCUUCAAGUGGUGUCUUAAACAAUCCCAAAAUAAGCUGGUUGUCUGAAGAGAUAGGCCGAACGGUAGGAACAUUACAUGGUCACAAUAUCAUUCACGGAGAUUUGACAACAUCUAAUAUGCUGCUUGACCCAAUCAGCGAUGUCAGUGGAUCCGAUUUUCCUUAUCGACUAGUGAUGAUUGACUUCGGAUUGUCCUUCCAUUCGUUCAAUGUCGAAGACAUGGGAGUUGAUUUAUAUGUGCUGGAAAGGGCUCUGCUGAGUGCCCACAGCCAGGUUCCGGAGCUAUUCGAAUUAGUGCUAAAGAGUUACAAGGAACACAAUACUUAUAAGGUGGCGGAAACGAUUGCCAAAUUUGAAGAAGUACGUGCGAGAGGUCGUAAGAGGACAAUGAUCGGAUAAUGUAAAUAAUUGUUGCAUUUAUUUUUUAAACAAUUCAUACGGUUUAAGAAUGUACAAUUUAACGGUUUAAGAAAGUAUUAAUUCAA